AGAGCUACGAAAAGACGGUUGCAGGUGAGCAGUUGAGAGCGUCUAGCGCAGACUCGGCGGCACAGGCCGUCGGACGUCCCUUCGCGCACUACGACCAUCAUCCCAUCCUCUACGGCAUACUUUCGAGUGCACAUUGCUAACCCGCCUUUCGGCCAUCGCCAAUGUCUCGCAGAACAGCGGUCGUCGAGGACUUCGACGAUGACACCGACCUCCCUCUCCCGAACAAGCCCCUGCCCAAUACUGGCUUGCGCGGCGCCAUCCUCACAGAGCUCUCAGACGACGCCGACUCAGACGACGACGUCCCCCCGUUGCGUGCCCCAACCGCUGGACCUGCAUCACCCUCACAAACGCAAUUCAAGGCCCCCGUGCCAGAGCAUGGCUCGCGAGCGGUCACCGACAUCACGCCCUACAAGAAAUGGACGUGUGUGUACCCAAUAUACAUCGACGCGAAGCGACCCCACGGGACCGGCGAGCGACGCAUCGCGCGCUCGAAGAGCCUCUGGUGGCCGCUGAGCAGAGACAUCGCGGAUGCCGCGAGCAGGCUCGGGCUUGGGACGCUGCACGAGAUGAACAAGGCACACCCGCGCGACUGGGACAACCCCGGGAGGGUGCGUGUACAGUGGAAGAAGGAUGGGCGGCUCGUCGACCCCAGCAUCAGUACCAAGAAACAGCUGCUCGAGAAGAUAGCAAACCAAAUCCAGCUCGUCAAGCCUGACAACGUGCCCAAGGCGCCCUACACGACAUCCACGACGGAGUCGGCGACGCCAGAACCUGCGCCAACACCCACACCCUACAAGGGCAAGCAGCCCGCGUCCGGCAAGCCUUCCAAGGCUACGAACUCUUCGAAUGUCUCCAUUAGCACCUCGAAGCCACCCUCGCAGACGAAGGGCCGCCCGAAGCCACCCAGCCCGCCGCUGCCGCACCCACCGCUGACGAGCCAGGUCUCACCAUACUCACCCGCGCUGCCGAGCGGUGUGCUGAUAGAGACGAUCAAGGCUGGUAUGAACACGCAGGAGGGCGCGCCCGCAGUAAGCGGUGGCGGCGGAGGAGGGAAGGGCAAGCGGAAGGUCGUGAGGGUGAGAGGAUGAGUUGCUCUGGAUGUCAAGAGACGGUUGUACUGCUCAUGUAUUGUCGCUGUAGCAGGAUCGUGGAUCAAUUAAAGCUUGCCUUGUUUCAACAGCA